AUGACCUCAGCUACCACCGUGGGCCCCUUGAUCAAACCGAAGCCGGAACUCACAAACCAGCUGAGACCGCCCUGGAAUGGACUGGAGCUAUACGAACACAGGUUCCGCUGGGGGUAUCGACCUCGGGGCUUCCCCUACGAGCCCUACUCCUUGGCCGAGGAGAAGCGGAGGGCCCGGCGACGCUGCGGGUGGGCGGCUGAGCGUGUGCUCUCAGCCCCGCAUGCCGAGAUGCGCUGGAUUGAACGAAAGUUCAUCGUACCCAUCGACCCUCUCAACGUCGAUCUCCCUGACACGUGCCAGGAGCAUCUUGUCGAACCGGGGAUUGAUGAAGACGGCGGUGGAAGGCCCAGCUCGCUCCCAGAAACAUUGCGCGGUGAGCUUGCCGAGAAAGAGGGUUGCACAUCGCAGGGUAGGCGUUGGAUCACUGUGAAGAGGGCCACGUUCCAUCAAGCCCGCGAAACGUUGGUGGCGUACUACGAGCAUCUGAUUGCGUAUGCGGAAGUUCUGCGGGACACACCUGCGGCUCCCUGGGUUACGUCUGAAGCCGCCGAGCAGGUCAACAUGAGAGCGACAUACGCUGGAUGCCUGACCGCGGCCCUGAUGGAGAUCUACUUUGACAGCGUACGCACAAGCGGAGAAAGAUAUGAUACCAAACUCCCACCUCCUCCCAAAGUCUGGGAGGGAGACGUAUCGGCCCUCUUCAUCGGAGGGCCGGAACUGCCGUGGGGCAUUUGGGACCUCCGCAAGAGAUGGGGCGAAGACGGGCUGCCCGAUAUCGUUCCCAGGCUUGUGCACUGGGUUUCCCGCAGAGGCGCGCCACUGCUGCCCAAUGAGCUGGUGCACCCUGCCUACGAGGAGUUCUGCGACAUGGGGCUUGACGGGACAUUUGCCGAGACUCGGAACGGCAAUGACACGAUUUCGAUGAGCGGCCUUGAACCGGCGACACGCAAAGUCCAAAACGCCCUCAAAGACCAGGCAGCCUUGUUCACUCGUCUACGCGAGGCUCAAUCUGGCGUGAACGACCCCGAAAGCAGCGAUAGCGCGCUGCUUCAGCUCGGUGCUCAUAUGCGCCAGCUGCGUGGACUUUUGCGUGAGUUCCUCGGACGCCAGCCGAUACUUACGCCAGGUGUGCUCUUGUUCACGACGCGCUAUCUCACCAUUCAGGCUCAGAACGGAGAAACACCUCCACAGUGUGCACCGUGGAAAGGGCCGAGUGUUCUGGCCGACUGGCGAGCAGAUCCGGCCGACCAGACGGACAUCAUGGACAGCGGCCGUCUCAGCGGCUACGUUCCCCAGCUCAUCAUGCACGUGAACGAGCACGGACUGCCGGAGUUGCCGGAGGCGGUGCGGAAAGCGGACGAGGUGGUGAAAGGGGUGACUGCGUGUCUUGAGGAAGGCCAAAGUGGGCAUUGA